AUGAAGGUCCAGCAGAAUGCAGUCAAUGUGCUUGAGCGGACUUCCUCUUAUCUGAAGGCAGGCCUUUUGACCAAAACUCCCGCUUGGUACGAUGUAGUGGCUCGUGUCCCACCAUCGAAAAGAUUUGUUCGUGAACCCCGUAUGGUGAAUCCUGCCACUGAUGAGCCAACGUCACAGCUGCCAGAGUAUGAAGAUUUGUACGACCCUACGGUUGGAAUUCACAAGACAAGAGCUAGUCGAGCUGAUAAGAAAAGUCUGGCCAAUAAACUGUACAAAGCUCCGAAGCUGAAAUACGCAGAAGACAAACUGCGUGAGCUAUUUUACGAACAGCAUCCAUGGGAACGCUCGAGGCCGAAAAUGCUGGUAGAAAAUGCAGGAACACGGACAUACCAGUGGGAUACGUUGCAACAGUUGGGUAAGCCAUUGGAUGGUGAAAGCGUGGUCCAAAGAACACUGCAUUUGCUCAAAACGAAACAGCAACCAGAGCUCCUAGCUGCGUACGAUCAAGCCAGAUUUGAAUUUUACCGUCUAAGAAUACAGGAGGAAGUGCAGUCUCAGGUAGCUCAGGAAGAAGCAGAAAUGUUUGGGAGCGUAUUUGGACCUUCUGCCAUCGAGUUUGGGGUGCAACGCGAGCAAAAAAUUAUCGACAUUUGGAAACAGAAAGCCAUUAACCAGUCAGAACUCAUGUCAGCACGAAAUUCGAACCCGGCUGAAUCCUGGUCGAGUUCGUCAGCGCAGUCUGAAGAGGAAUCGAAAACCCAAGAGUCUCAAGAAAUUCAGCUGUGA